ACGAUAUAAUAUUAAUGUAUUAAAAGUGAAAAUGGACAGAUGGGUUCUGAAGUUAAUGCAUGUAUGGAAAUGUAUGUAUGCAUGGAAAUGAAUGCGAUCUGUCAGAUAUGUAAUAUCACAGUUAUGCUGGAGGGUAAAUAAGGACAAAUAAGAACACAAAUAAGGAUUUUUUUUUUUUUUUUUGGUCAUUGUGUUAAAAGAAAGAGCCCGACAGUAAGCAAGGUCACUUUAAGAGAGAUGUUUUCAAAAAUGGAAAGGGGGAACAUCCAAAGAACUAUAGACCUCUCUAGCCGCAGCUAAGUUGAGUGUUCAUGACUCCACAAUAGGUAAGAGACUGGGGGGGGGGGAAAUGGGAUUCGUGGGAGAGCAGCAAGGUGAAAACUAGUGAUGACCAAGAAAGACACCAAUGCUCGUCUCACAUUAGCAAAAAAAACACCUGGAUGUUCUACAAGCCUUUUGGGGUCAUAUGGACAGGACUUAAACGCCUGUGGCUGUAGAUUCUGGUAAUCGGCCCUUGACAGCGACAUCGUCCCAUCGCCCCACUCGGAUUUUUAUUUAUUUAUUUACUUUUCAAAGAAGUUCCUGUCGCACCAAAAUGUAAAUGGAGUUGGGCAUUUCCCCUGUCGGGCUGUCAAACCAUGGACCUUGAAAGAACUCUCCGGAAGGGCCUUCCAAUUUGGAUUUAGCAGCAGUGGGGAGGAGUCCCGCCCCCGAAGCCGCCGUUUCGGGGGGGGACCGUUUCACCGCGGGACGCUGACGAGCCACGCCCAUCUUCCCACCAUGAGGAUUACAAGCCCCUCCUGCCUCUGCCCCUUCCUGUUCUGCCUCUGUUUCGUCCAGAGGGGCUACGGCUCCGCCCCCCAUCACCCCCCCUCCCCCGCCAGGACCCCCGGAAAAAACCAGACCCGGCUGCGGGAGGGGGAGACGGAGGUGCACCACCGGCCCAAACGCGGAUGGAUAUGGAACCAGUUCUUUGUUCUGGAGGAGCACAGAGGGCCGGAAGCUCAGUACGUGGGGAAGCUUCACUCAAACUCAGACAAAGGGGACGGCUCGGUUCGGUACAUCCUGACCGGGGAAGGGGCCGGCACCAUAUUCAUCAUCGACGAGGUGACGGGGGACAUCCACGCCACGAAGAGCCUGGACCGGGAGAAGAAGGCCCACUACGUCCUCCACGCGCAGGCCAUCGACCGGCACACCAGCAAGCCCCUGGAGCCCGAGUCCGAGUUCAUCAUUAAGGUCCAGGACAUCAACGACAACGCCCCCAAGUUUCCGGACGGUCCCUUUGUGGCGUCCGUUCCAGAGAUGUCAGAAGUCGGUACCUCAGUGUUCCAGGUCACUGCCAGUGAUGCCGAUGACCCCACCUAUGGAAACAGCGCGAGAGUGGUUUACAGCAUUCUGCAGGGGCAGCCAUAUUUCUCCGUGGAUCCCAAAACCGGGAUCAUCAGGACUGCUUUAGCUAACAUGGAUCGAGAAGCGAGAGAGCACUAUGCUGUCGUCAUUCAAGCCAAAGACAUGGCGGGGCAAGUCGGAGGACUCUCUGGGUCGACCACCAUCAACAUCACCCUGACGGACGUCAACGACAACCCUCCUAAAUUCCCUCAGAAAAACUACCAGCUUUACGUCCCGGAAUCGGCGCAGGUUGGGAAGCCGGUGGGCAAAAUCAAAGCCAACGAUGAGGAUCUGGCCGUCAACGCAGAGAUCAAGUACAGCAUCACCAACCCGGACGGGGCCUCCGUCUUCUCCAUUUCCACCGACCGGGAGACCAGAGAGGGGGUCAUCUCGCUCAGAAAGCCCUUGAACUACGAGAAGAAGAAGACCUACACCCUUCACAUCGAGGGGGCCAACGCACACCCGGACCCCCGCUUCUCCUACCUGGGCCCCUUCAAAGACAGCGCCACGCUGAAGAUCACCGUGGGCGACGUGGACGAGGCGCCCGUCUUCUCCAUGGACUACUACAUCAUGGACGUGUACGAGAACGCCCCCGCGGGCACGGAGGUGGGGGCGGUGACCGCGCGGGACCCGGACAGCACCAACAGCGCCAUCAGGUAUUUCAUUGACCGCAGUUUGCACGGGGACACGCAUUUCAACAUCGACGCGAACAGCGGGACGCUGAAGACGACGCGGGUCCUGGACAGGGAAGAGAUGGCCUGGCACAACAUCACUGUGAUCGCUUCGGAGGUCGAUAACCCCAGCCUCCUCAGCCAUGUCCCUGUCACGGUGCAGGUCCUGGACGUCAACGACAACCCGCCCAAACUGGCGACCGAGAGCGAGGUCAUCGUGUGUGAGAGCACCAGGGUGGGACAGGUGAUCCAGACCAUCGGUGCAGUGGACAAAGACGACUUUGCAAACGGACCGCGCUUCUCCUUCGCUCUUCCGCAAGACCUCCCCGUGAACCCCAACUUCACCCUCAAGGACAACGAAGACAGCACGGCCAGCGUCCUGUCCCGCAGAAAGCGGUUCAGCCGCGCCUUGCAGGAGCUCUACCACCUCCCCGUGGUGGUGUGGGACGGCGGGGAGCCGGAGCUGAGCAGCACCGGGACCCUGACGCUGAGGGUGUGCGCCUGCCAGCGCGGGGCCCGGGUUCGAGCCUGCCAGGCCGAGGCCUUCCUGUCCUCCGCCGGGCUCAGCACCGGGGCGCUGGUGGCCAUCCUGCUGUGCAUCGUCAUCCUGCUGGUGAUCGUGGUGCUCUUCAUCACUCUGCGGAGGAGCAAGAAGGAGCCGCUGAUCAUCUCCGAGGAGGACGUGCGGGAGAACGUGGUCACCUACGACGACGAGGGGGGCGGGGAGGAGGACACCGAGGCCUUCGACAUCCUGGCGCUGCGGAACCCGGCCGGGGCGGCCGAGGAGCUCAAGUUCCGGCGGGACGUCAAGCCCGAGGCGCUGCGGCCGGGCCGGCGCGGGACCCCCCCCAGCCCCGCCCCCGCGGCGGAGGCGACGGCGGCGGACGAGGUGGACGUGCGCGAGUUCAUCACGCGGAGGCUGGCGGAGGCCGACACGGACGCCAGCGGCCCGCCGUACGACUCGCUGCAGACGUACGCGUACGAGGGGCGGGGCUCCAUGGCCGGCUCCGUCAGCUCGCUGGGCUCGGGCGCCUCGCCCUCCGAGCAGGACUACGCAUUCCUGGAGGACUGGGGCCCCCAGUUCCACAAGCUGGCAGAACUCUACGGAGGCUCGGAGUCCGAACUCGUCACCUAGCUUGUGUCACUGUAAAAAAAAAAAAAAAAAAAAAAAAAAAAAACGAGGAAAAAAAGGACAAGUGAUUACAAAAUAAACUCCGCCCCCUAUUCCCCUUUCAGACCCGCCCCCGUUCCCUCCUCUUCCUCUUUCCCACGCCUCGGUUUAACAAUAAAAGGAAAAGCUUUUGAACUCUUUAACUGUUGUUCACUUUUGCUGUAGAAUCAACCGCCCUUUUUUUAUUUAUUUUUAUUUAUUUUAUUUUUUUUCCUUGGGUUCUACAUGUGGAAGAAAUAAAUUUGAUUUUGAAAGAAAAAAAGAAAAAAACAAAAACACUUUUCCCUGGUGUAUAUUUUUUAUUGCUUAAUAAAGGCCAUAGUUCCAUAUAAGUCAACACAUCUGAAAAGAAGUGGAAGUAAUGGAUUUUUUAUUUUUAUUUUAUUUUAUUUUGAGUUGGGACUAACCGCCAGUCCAGGUAAAUAUUCAAUGCCGCAUCCAGUUGUCAGAAAGGUAAGUGUAAUUUCUCCUUUCCUUUAAACAUAAAUACGUUUUGGCCUUUUUUCCAUUAUGCUGAUGAAUUGUUUUGUUUGUUUCUUUGAACAUAAAGCAAACUGGCAAGCCCAGUUAAAAACGGAAAUUGAACUAAAAGCCAUUAGCUUCUCCUGCACAGAAAUUCACAGCCUCUUCGGAAGCGGCAAGGUUUUUUAUGGCUUUUCAGUUGAGACGCUAUGAUGAAAUUCAUACUGGCGCUAAGUUUCGUUUUGUAAUUCUGGAGACGCUCUGGAGGAUGUUCGGCACUCCCGUGGGGCGCAGAUCUGUCGACCGGCCCCUGACUGGAUCAAAAAAAAAAAAAGGAGAGAAAAAAGCAAAGGCUCAGUUCUGCUGCCAGCACAUUUUCUUUCUCUUAUGUUAAGGAGAACGUCGAAGAAGUGGAUCUUGGCUGAGCUGAUAUUUAUGUUUUUCAAUCAGGUCGUGUUCUUACACCAACUAAAUGAAUAAAUAAAUAAAAUUUUAAUAAAUAAAUGGUGUGCCUUGAAGCACUGGUUUACAGCUGAAAUUGUUCUAACCUGGUAAGUCCCCCUAAACCUACUCUGACCUGGUGAGUCUCUCUAAACCUGCUCUC